AUGAAAUCAUCACUCACACUCGUCUUCUUGGUAGCCAUUGGUUACGCCACAGCCCACCACACACAACAUGGCAGUUCGAAUGAUUACGGUGGUGACUGCUACAAUGGUGAUUGUGGUGGCGGUUAUGGCGGCGGCGGCGGCGGGUAUGGUGGAGGCUGUUCUGGUAAUGACUGUGGUGGUGGCGGCGGCUAUGGUGGUGGUUGCAAUGGUGACGAUUGUGGCGUAUACGGUGGUGGUGGUUGCAAUGGUGGAGAUUGUGGUGGUUACGGUGGUGGUGGUUGCAAUGGUGGAGAUUGUGGUGGUUACGGUGGUGGUGGUGUCUAUGGUGGUGGCUGCAAUGGUGGAGAUUGUGGUGGUUACGGUGGUGGUGGUGGCUAUGGUGGUGGCUGCAAUGGUGGAGAUUGUGGAAAUGGCUUUGAUGAAGCCUUCCCUGCUCCUUAUGGUGGUGAUCAAGGCUACGGUGGUAACGGCCAUGGAAAGGGUCAUGGCCAUGGCAAGGGUAAGGGUGGUGGUAAAGGUGGCAAAGGUGGCAAAGGUGGCAAACCCAAUGCUUACAAACCCAUUACUUACAAACCCAAUACCUACAAACCAGAAACUUACAAACCUGAUACUUACAAACCAGAAACUUACAAACCUGAUACUUACAAACCUGAUACUUACAAACCAGAAACUUACAAACCUGAUACUUACAAACCUGAUACUUACAAACCUGAUACUUACAAACCCAACCAUUAUGUAAGCACUUACUGA